AAGGCUGAGAAACACUGCUCUAAUCUAUUGUAUUUGUUUUCUCAGGUGGAAUAUCUUUACUCGCUGGUGUACCAGGCACUUGAUUUUAUCUCCAAUAAGAAGCGUGAGAAACAGCCUGCAUCAGUCGGUGUGGAUGGUGCUGAUGGAGAUGUCAGUGCUGGACCAGGAGCAGAAGAAGAGGAGUUCCUCUCUUUGGAUGACAUCCAGGACACCAGCAGAGCAAACAUGGACUUGCGGGACGACCAACAGCACAAUACAGUCAAUAUCGUCCCCUUGACGCCAAUGGCCCUGGUUCCACCCGAGGAGGCUGAAAAGAAGGACAACCCCCUCUUUAGCCAAAAGGGAGAGAUCUUGGCCAGCCGGAAGGAUUUCCGCAUGAACACCUGCACCCCGCACAGCAAUGGCUUAUUCAUGCUGGAACUGGCAGGACGGUCACCGAUGCAGUGUCAGGCUGGGAGGAACUGCGACUGGGGCCGCGGCAAUCCCAUGGGAGUUCAGAGCCUUGCUCCAGCGGCUGGCUCCACGCCCGUGGAUGUCAGUAUGUGCGAGACCCCUGUUCUUGCUCUGGACUUCUCUGGAGAAGGAACAGGAGCAGCAAACCCCACGGGCGACAAUGGGGAGGGCUGUGACGACUUCCUGGCAGACGUCCCGGAGGAGGGUCCGGAGGUCUCCCAUGCUGGGGCGGAGGAACACGUCGCGCAUCAGAUGAGCGCCCCCCGGAGGAAAGGAUACAUGUUGCGGGAGAGACCCCCUGCCCUGGAUGCAAAUGCCCACCUCAAGGAAGCAGCGGACCCCUGGCGCAGCCUCGACCCCUUCAGCUCCUCAGAGGACAAGCCCUUGAAGAAAGGCAGACCCUUCGCAGUGCCCCGCGGCCUGGAUGAUUUGCCCGGCACCAAGCGGAAGAGGCGGCUGUCCAGCAAGUUGCAGGAAUUUGCAUCGUGGUUUUCAUCCACCGAGCCUGACCGAGCUGGCAGCCACAGAAGCAGGAGGAAAGGCCCCACAUUUGCCGAUCUUGAAGUUCUGUACUGGAAACACGUGAAGGAGCGUCUGGCGGCCCAGAGGAAGCUGCAGAAGAGAACGGGGACUGAAGAGGCAGAGCGGAUCGUUGAAACACGGGGUCCGCUGCUGGAGACACGGUUCGAGGAGCUGGAUGCUCUGGAGGUGGAACGGGAGGAGGACAACCUGGGCGAGGCGGCUGACGACGGGCCAGAGGACUUCCUGGAACACGACAACAUUCCCCCGUUGGAAGCCCCAGGCGGCGUGGCAGACCCCGGUGAAAUCCCCUCUUCCCUUAGCUACGAGGAGCUGGUGAGGAAGAACGUGGAGCUGUUCAUGGCGCACUCCCAGAAGUACGCCCGAGAGACGGUGCUGUCCCGGCGUGUCCGCGACUGGGAGGAGAUGAUCGGCCCACAGCUUGAGGACCAGGAAGCCCGUGCUGCCUUUGACAUCCACGACUACGGAGACCAGCUGGUGUCCCGGUUCGGCCGUGUGGGUGAAUGGCAUUCGUUUGCCAGCCUGGUGGCAGAGCAGCCGGCCUUCGAGGUCUGCCGUUGCAUGCUGGCCUCCCUGCAGCUGGCAAAUGACUACGCUGUGGAAAUCUCCCAACAGCCAGGCCUGGAGGAGGCAGUCGACACCAUGGGGCUGCGCCUCUUGACCCAGGAAAGGGCCCAUCGGCGCUUUCACACGUACACGGCUCCCUCGCUCAGCCAGCAGUGAUGGCUCUCCUCUGCUCCGGGCUGUGUCUGUGUCUGUAUAUAUUAUAUCUGCAUAUAUGUAAAUGUGUGGUAUCUGUAUAGCUUCCCCCACCCUUUCAGCCCACCCCCUGCUCCCUCCCCAGUGGGGUCCUUGCUAAGGCUUCUGUCUCUGCUUUCCCACAAUAAAGGGGGCCUCCUGGAGAUGCGAUUCGCUUUCCUCCUUGAAUGGCAGAUGCACAGGACCCCUCCCCUUCCGUGCUGCCUGCUCCAGAAAGAGGACGUAGGCAAGGUGUGGCCCCAAGUGUGCCUCCAUGCCCCAUGGCUGCCCCCGAGUUGUGGCCUGCAAGAGGAAGGCUUUCACGUCCUGCAUCCGGAAAGCCUCUUGCUUUAGAGGUGGGGAGGCCCCCCAUGUAACUUAGCGGGCAGAGGAAGCAAAGGCCAGACUUCCCUCCCAGACCCUUGGGGCAAACAGUCUCAGGAUGCCGUUCCAACUUGGGGGGUGGGAGGGUUCUGCAGUGGUAAGUGGAAAAUAGGAAGGGUGACCAGGUUUCCCUCCAAGGACAGAUCGUUUACAUGGUGGCCUUUCCCAAAGCAGAAAGUGACAGCAGUGCAGUGCCAAAUAUGGUUCUCACUUGCACGUAAAUGAAGCCCACACCUGGAAACCCAUACCCGGAUCCUUGCCCCGUUGAGGCACCUCACUGCAAAGGCACCUGGACCCCAAAGCUUCUCGCUUC